AGGCCGGGAAGGCAGAUCACAUCAGCAAUACUUGCGAAUCUUGCGAUCUAUAUUCAAGAACAUUCAAGUUGCUGCGAAAAACUGUGAAGUUCAGUGCCAAAAUUAUAAGUGUCGCGAUCUUAUUUUUACAUCGACACCAAGAACAGUUACGUAUUUCUACAUUAUACUUGCGAUUCAAAAGGACUAUUUAAAAAUCCUUCAAGUAUAUAGCGAUUUCUUCGAACAGUGCCAAAUAACUACCUAUCUAUUUUUAUUAGUGUACCUACGUUUCAUAAUUACAUCAAAAAUAACAGGGAUCGGCAAUACAUGCUUGCGACGACGGUAAAUAUCCAUCACGAAACCGUUCAAGAACAUUAUCUGAAGAUUUUCAUCAAGUAUUGUAUCGAUUGCUGCGAAUUAUCAAGAAAUACCUAAUACCAACUUCAACAUCCAGAGACAUUUUUUAUUCAUUUCUGCGAGUCACGCGUGGAGCGGGAACAAUUGAAGUCCAGUAGUGCCAACCUUCCGAGCGUUCGUCGAGGACAUCGGGAGCGUGUUCAUGCGAGUGCGCUAUUUUUUGAGCCAAUUAAAAUUCGGCGGGUCGACUUCGUCGCAUCUCGGAAGACGCCGGCUUCAUUCUGCGCUGUCAUUGGUCGAUUUUAAUUUACAGAAAUUGAAUAAGAUAAUUCUAUUUUUAGAAACUCCAUUUUGUUUUCACCUUGGUUUUUCAACUUAGCGUCGUGCUUUCAUAAAACUAAUUUCAAAGCAUUUCAACAAUUUUAUGCAGUUUUGUGAUACUAAUAUAGUAGUACAGCGAAAAUACAAUGGAGGAAUUAAAAAACUUAAGUGUUUCUCGUGGAUACAUAAAAGUGAUCCGUCAAACGUUGGCUGCACUCGAAAAUCUGGACGCCGACGUAGCAGCAUGGGACCUUCUAUUGCUGGGCAUUCUCAAGAGGAAACUGGAUGCGUAUAGUGCACGGUCGUAUCAAUUUGAUCGCGAUGAGGAGAGUGACCCGUCUGUAAAGGACCUACUGAAUUAUUUAGAAAGGCGUGCGCGUGCUCUAGAAGAAACCACGACCUCGGAGCAAGCCGAGCUGGGUACGCGCAGGGCUUCCACCAUGCCCUCAGCGAAAAAGGUAGCGUUGGCGGCGACCAAGACUUCACUGGAAUGCGCAUAUUAUUCUUCUGCCGCUUGAGGAGACACAGCAACUGACUGCACACAAUGGCCUAGCUGAUCAGCAACAAUCGUCGCUCCCCUGCGUCCUGAAUACCAAGCUUGGCCAUGUCGUUGCUGGCCCGUUGGCUGCUAACUUCAUUAAACACCAGGUUGUAUCUCUCGUUUGUGCUAAGUGUGACACAGAAGUAAGUGACAGUAUCAAGAAGUUUUGGGAGACGGAGAGUGUUCCGGAAUUGCUAAUAGAAGGGGAUUCAGAGCAAGAGUUAGCUGAAAAUAUCUUCACUAACUCAGUUAAAUUGGAAAACAAUCGAUUUCAAGUUGACUUGCCAUUAAAAUUAGAGUCUAGCAAUAUAAAUAAAACCUUAGGCAACUCAUUUGAUU